AUGGCAAACCAAUGCACCCCUUCUUGCCCUCCUACCCUUGCUCUCGUCUUCCACCACCACCACUCCCUCCUCUCACCCUUCCAAUGUGCCUUGCCCAUCCAAACAGCCCCCAAAGAUGAUGAACAACACCGAACACGGAGGUUGGGUGUUGUUUGCACUCGUUCUCUGUCCUGCCCACCUGCCCACCCAGCACCACCUGCCUCUCACCUUCCACCCCCACCACCACCACUUCUCACCCUUCCAACACCCCCGCACAAACAGCCAUCCAGGAUGAUGAACGACACCAAACUUGGACAUUCAGCAGCAUUCACAGUCGUUCUGUGCCCUAUCCACCCCUUCUCACCCUUCCCCCCUCCCUCUCAUCUUCUGCCACCACCAGCCCCCUCUUCUUGCCCCUCUGACACUCCUUGCCCAUCCAAACAGCCCCUGAAGAGCCCUGAUGACAGCAAAUGA